ACCAGGAAUAUGGUUUUGAGCUCAAAAUGGAAAGAAAUGAACAAACAGAGCUAGUGGAACUUACAUUGGACUACCAGUGGAGCUUCGAUAAUGCAACAAGCUCAUUGAAUGCACAGACUGAAGUUUGGAAAUCCAAGUCACAAGAUAACCACAUUCCUCAAAAUCAAUCACUCACUUCUCAUAAGGGCAAGGGCAUAGCCUCAAUAGAUGUAAUAGUUGAGCCCUCAACUGCUGCCACAAUAGUAGCUAGUUCCUCUGCACAAAAGCCUGAUACUUCCGUAUGCCCUGGAAGUAAUACAAAUAACCUUGCAAAUGAAGAUGAUACAAUUGCCCCCAAUUAUGAUCCUCAUCAAGAAGACUCAGUGAUUAAUGCAAUCAGGUUAACAGACACAACUGAACAUGAAGCCAGCAAAGGUUUGCAAACCUGGACUUAG